AUGAGAGCCAGAGACAGGAUGAGUGUGCUGCUGGUGCUGAUGGGGCUGUGGGGGCUGCUGCGCUUCUCAAACUGUGGUCCCGCGCCUCAGGAGAGGAGUGGGUGCUUGGAAUGGGAUAUAAACGGAGAGAAAGUCUGCUGCGUCCACUGCCACCCAGGGCACCGCCUGGUGUCUCGCUGUGGCCCGGACCCCAGGCUCCUGUGCACCCCCUGUAAAGCAGAGACCUUCACCUCCUCCUCCACAGCAGAGAGGUGCCAGCGCUGCAAGCAGUGCAUAGAUCCACAGGUGCUGGAGAGGAGCUGCAGCCCGUACCAGGACACACAGUGCGGCUGCAGAGAAGGAUUCUUAUGUGGAGAUAAAAGCUGCUCCUUCUGCGUCCAGGAGUGUGGCCGAGGACAGGAGCCCACAGGCCAACGAGCGUGCCAGCCGUGUCCUCAGGGGACGUACAACGAUCAGACUCACCACAAAUGCAAACCAUGGACCAGGUGUGACAAAAACACGGUGAAACACGGAGACGCCUUCAGCGACGCCAGAUGUGGGAACGUCUCCGCCCUGCCGGUGGUCGUCCCGGGGCCCAACGAGCCCAGUCAGGAGCAGUCCGCAGACGGUCUGUCUUUCAUCCUGUACACAAUGUUUGGGGUGGUCGUUCCCGCUCUUCUGAUUGUGAUCAUCGUCAUGGCGAUAACACAAAUCAAACAGAAGCAGAGGACACAGAGGCCGGAGCCCGAGACUGCAGUGAAAAAGCCCCCGAUAAUCACAGAUGAGCCACAGACUUUAAUCGCCAUCGAGUGCAGUUUCCACGAAGCCGAGCAGGAACAGGGACGCAGCUCUGAAUCUCUACUUCCUGGACAGUGA